AUGCGCUUCUUCAUCAUAGCCCUGAUCCUUCAGUGCGUCAGCUUCUCCAUGGCAAAACUUGAGAGUUAUCAAAUACCUCACAUACCGGAGGAACAGAAAACUUUUAAUUGUGAUGGAAGAAUCUAUGAUUUUAAGAAAAUAAAUAAUCUCAGAUCCUCCAGAACAAUGUUAAACCUUGAUUAUUUAGGGUACAGGGACACAAUUGGAUUUAGUGAGAUAGCCAGAGCGCAGGCCAUAAACACAGUAGUCAUGUAUCACGACGAAUCAACGACCACCAAGUAUCAAUUGAUAAGUUUUUAUUUUUCAUCUGAAUCGACUGAAUACAUUGAGGACCUAUUCGCUUAUGAUGAAGAAUCGCGAGCGUGUGCCAUGAUCAUCAAAUCUACAGGGCGUUCAAUUCUUCCUAAAUAUAGAUCGGGUUCUACUGAACAUCCUGCUCCAAAAUAUAGGUUCUGCCUUCUUAAGUAA